CUCCGAGCUGGUACCUGGGAGAAUCGCGAUAAGAUCACCAACAUCUUUCUCGAGCUCACUUAUUUUCCCGACUGCAACGAAGCAACCAUGGGCAGCAAAAGAAAGCGCGGAGCCAAGGAAGGCGCCAAUGCCAUUCCGAACCCCCAAAAACGAACCAAAAAUGACAAAAGUGCCAAAGCAACGCCCGCGCAGAAGCCGAAGAUCACACUCGACAAAUCUCCCUUCGUCGAGACGCCAUUGGGCGACGAGCGCAAACGAGAAGCUGGCCUCUACGAGCUACUAGGUAGUGAGGACGCCACCGAACGGAUAGAGGCUGCAGAUUGCAUUGUCUCAAGCCUCCUUGGCGAAGAGAGUGUUACCGAACCCGUGCUGCAGAGACACCUUGACCGUCGGCUGUUUCGCGGUCUUGCAAGUGGCAGGAAUGCGUCUCGCUUAGGCUUUAGCUUGGUCAUCACGGAACUUCUGGGGCAGCUGUUCGGCCGAGCUGCACUAGCCGAAACAAAGUACACGGGUCUCACCUUCGAGAAGACGUUGGAAAUAUUGGCAGAGAAGACUCAGGCAAUUGGAAACAUUCCCGGACAGGAGGAACGGGACCAUUGGUUUGGGCAGCUCUUCGGCAUAGAGUGUUUCGUGCGAGCUGGUAUUCCAUUCAGCGACGCCUCGAGAUGGAACGCAGUCUUGGACUUGCUGCUGAGACUCGCGAACAAGAAGGUCUGGCUCCGAUCUCAGUGCGGCUGGGUAAUUGUCCAAUCCAUUGAGCAAAUGAGCCAGAAAGAUGCAAAGGCAACGCUAGAGAGAGUUGCCGACGCAGGCUUAGCCAAGACCCCCGAGGGUGCGGCUAUCUGGCUCGUUGCCCUGAACCGGUUUCCUAGCAUCAAGGUGAAGCCUUGGGAGAACCCGCUCUCUAAGAAGUGCUUCGGCGAUCUUGCCGCUGUGUUGAGAGAAAGCUUCACUCAGGACCAAGGUGAUCAAGGCCAGAAAAACAAGCAGGCUAGCUGGACUGCGCAAUUGCAUUUUGCGUGGGAUCUUAUCCUGGCGCAUUAUGUGAAAGAGGCAGACGCUGGGUCGGCCGAGUUUGAGCAGUUUUGGUCUCGCGUAGUAGACGAUGGCCUUUUUUCCAAGAGUGCCACGGAUGGCCAAAAGUUCAAGGGUUUCUCUGUUUUUCAGAAGAUGCUCGAGGGACUUGUGGACCAUCCCUCCCACAUUGAGUGUCUCUUCAGCAAGAAUCUUACGACCUGCUUAAUGAACCAAGCUGCCAAAGAGGACCGUUACCUGCAUCGCGCAGCUACCAAGGCACUGAAGGCGGUCGAAGCUGUUGUCUCAGCUCACCCAGAUACUCUCGUGCCUAUUCUCAGGAGUCUGCUGGGGACGCAUGGUGCCUACAACUUCGAUCAGCGAACUAGCACGAAGACCGUGGAGAAGAUCCUACAAAAGAUCACCGAGGAUACUGCACCGGAGACGCUCAAGAUCGUUAGACAGCCCAUCGGUUCUCUGGCUAAGCUCGAGGAUGCCCAGGCAGUAUCUACGCUGCGAGUAUACGCCGACUACCUAUCCAGAGUGCUCAAUGCCUCUGCCUCAUCCUCAUCUGGUGAAAUGAAGCAGAAGGCAUUCGCUUCCGCUUUGCAGGAGCUAUCACAACUGGCAUACUCCCGCCCCGAUCAUAUCCCAGAAACUGCUCUGACAGAGCCGGUCCAGGAGCUGUGCCGGUCUCGGCUUGAGUCUGCUUUUGCAAAGCUUAGCCGAAAAACCGAGGACUACGAGAGCCUCUGUGUUGCUGUAUCCUCUAUCGACCCUGAUUCAGUGGCCAUGUCCGAGGAGAUCAAGACUGCGGUGCAGGAUGCGCUGGCCCGGAUGCAAAAGCUACUCAAGCGAAAGUCGAAGGCAGCGAACGAGAAGAGUCUGUCGCAAGGCUUGGCUAUGCUACACGCCGUAUCGAUUUUCCAACUAUACAACCAGGAUCCAGAUGCUAUGGAGGUCUUGAAUGAUCUCGCUCAAUACUCUGACCGACUCAAGAAGGGCAAAUCCGCUGAGAGUGAGCCUGGAACAUCCGAGCUUUUGGUUGAAAUCCUAUUGUCAAUGGUCUCGCGCCCAUCAUCCCUGAUGCGACAAGUUUCUCAACAAGUCUUUGAUGCUUUUACUCCUCAAAUUUCAGCUGAGGGCCUGGAACUUCUGACUGGUCCUCUGGGCUCCGAUGAGAGUACGAAGGGUCAGAAGGAGCUCUUCAACACCGAGGAUGAUAUGGAAAUUGACGAAGAUGACGAGUCUGAUAAUGGUGAGGAUGGCUCCGAUAUCGAAAUCGACUCUGAUGUGGAGUUUAUCGACCUCAAGGAGCAGAACGGCGAUGGAUCUGGAGAGGAAGAUGAGGAAGAUGAAGACGAUGAUGAGGAUCAGGACGCAGAUGAUGAUGACAACGACGACGACGACGAGGAAACCGAAGAUGCUGAGGGGCAAGAGCCUCAAGAUCUGGAGGCUUUUAUGAGUAAGAUCUUCAAGAGUCACCGCUUGGACAAGGACGCCGAGGCUGAGUCCUCCGACUCCGACGCCGACAUGUCGGACUCGGAGAUGUUCGCCCACGAUAGCAAGCUGGAAGCGUUCAUAAAGAACCAGAAGGAGGCUAAGGGUGCCUCCAAGAAGCAGAAGAAGGACGCCAAACAGUCCGUCGUCAACUUCAAGAACCGCAUUCUCGACCUCCUCGACAUCUACAUCCGCAACGAGGCCCUCAAGCCCCUCACCUUCUCCCUCCUCCUCCCCGUCCUCAACCUCAUGCGCACCACCACCACCAAGCCCCUCGCUGCCCGCGCCUGCGAGAUCAUCCUCAACUACCAAAAGGCCCUCAAGAAGGCCCGCAACACCCGCCAGGACGCCGAGGCCCCGCCCGUCGACGACCUGCUGGGCCUGCUCCUCAACAUCCACGCCGAGGCAGCCAAGGACAACGCCCACGCGUAUGCCAAGGCCAGCAGCGCCGCGAGCCUUGUCGUUGCGUCCGCAAUGUACGCCGAGGACAAGAGCAAGAUCAAAGACGUGGCCGCUGUAUAUGCCAAGUCGCAGUCGGACUGGGUGCUGGGCGAGGCAAAGCUGCAGAGCUCCUUCUUCGCUGACUGGAACAACUGGUGCCAGAACCUGGCCUCGCAGGCUCACUCUUGAUACCCCUUUGGUUAGAACGCGAUUGUAGAUAGAUAGACAGGGAACGGAAAAGCAAAUGUUAGAACAUGUUACAUGA